AUGAAAAGAGUCAUGUUAAGACGUGGAUUAUUCUAUAGGAACUCUGCGAGAAGUGGAGCAUUGAGAUAUGCUAGUUCGAAGGUUAUUGGUAUAGAUUUAGGCACGACUAAUAGUGCUGUUGCUUACAUUAGGGAUUCAAAUGACAAGAAGUCCGCAACUAUCAUUGAAAAUGAGGAAGGUCAACGUACAACACCAUCAAUGGUAGCAUUCGAUAAGAAUGGUAGUGUGCUAGUAGGCGCAGCUGCCAAAAGACAAUCAUUGAUCAAUCAUGAGAAUACUUUUUUUGCUACAAAGAGAUUAAUUGGUAGAUCAUUCAAAGAUGCGGAAACCCAGAAAGACUUGAAGAUUGUUCCAUACAAGAUUGUUGAAAACAAGUCCAAUGGCCAAGCUUACUUACAAACCUCGAAAGGUGAUACGAAGUCACCUAGUGAAAUUGGAUCACUGAUACUCAAGUAUUUGAAGAAUGUAGCAGAAAAAUACUUAGAUGAGCCAGUGGAUAAAGCCGUUAUUACUGUUCCUGCUUAUUUCAAUGAUUCUCAGAGACAAGCAACAAAGGAUGCAGGAACAAUGGCGGGGUUAAAGGUUCUCCGUGUGGUAAAUGAACCUACUGCUGCUGCAUUAAGUUUCGGUUUGGAUGCACUAAAUGAUGGUAUUAUUGCUGUUUAUGAUCUUGGCGGUGGUACCUUUGAUAUUUCCAUCUUGGAUAUCGAAGAUGGUGUUUUUGAGGUUAAGGCUACCAAUGGUGAUACUCAUCUAGGUGGCGAGGACUUUGAUAAUGUCGUGGUGAAUUAUGUGGUUGACCACUUUUUGAAGCAAAAUCCUUCAUUGGAAAGAGAGGCUAUUAUUAAUAACAGAGAGCUAAUGCAAAGAAUUAAGGAAGCAUCAGAGGAUGCAAAAAUUAGGUUAUCACAUGUAAAAGAAACAAGAAUUGAAAUUCCAUUCGCUGUUGAGAAUAAGCAUAUUGAUGUUACCUUAAAAGAAGAGGAUUUGGACAAUAUUACAAUGCACCUAAUCAAACAGACCAUCUCCCCUGUGAAAAAGGCAUUAAAGGAUGCGGACAUUGAGGUGGAUGAAGUGGACGAUGUCAUUCUAGUUGGUGGUAUGACAAGAAUGCCAAAGAUUAGAUCAAUUGUAGAGGACAUCUUUAAUAAAAAGCCUAAUACUAGUGUGAAUCCCGACGAAACAGUGGCAUUAGGUGCCGCCAUCCAAGGUGGUAUUUUAUCCGGAGAAAUUAAGAACGUUUUAUUAUUGGAUGUCACUCCGUUAACAAUUGGUAUUGAGACAUAUGGAGGUGUUUUCUCGCCUUUAAUUCCUAGAAAUUCCACCUUGCCAAUUAAGAAGACUGAGAUGUUUAGUACCGGUGUCGAUGGCCAAACGGGCGUUGAUAUUAGGGUGUACCAAGGUGAACGGGGGCUCGUAAGAGAUAAUAAGUUGAUCGGAGACUUAAAAUUGGCUGGUAUUCCGCCAAUGCCUAAAGGUGUACCGCAAAUAAAGGUAACCUUUGAUAUAGAUGCAGACGGUAUUAUUAAUGUCUCGGCUGCAGAGACGAGCAGUGGUAAAGAGGAAACAAUCACAGUCAUUGCAAAUAGUGGAUUGACCGAAGAAGAAAUCAAUGCCAUCAUCGAAGAAGCUAACGCCAACAAGGACCGCGAUAAUUUAAUCAGACAAAGGGUGGAGUUGAUCACAAAAGCUGACAUUAUGGUAAGUGACACAGAGAACGCGUUUGAAAGGUUCCAUGACACCAUUGUAAAAAGCCCAUUAUAUGAGGAAGCAUCCAAGGCCGUGAAAGGUAUAAGAGCAAAGAUCGAUCACUUCAAAAAGAACGAUUCAGAUUUAAGCCUCGAUGUUAAUGAAAUCAAGAGAGAAACAGAUAAAGUGCAGAAUCUCUGCUUAAAAUUAUUCCAGGAUGCGGCAAAACACACCCAAAACGCAAAGAAUUCUUGA